CCGCGGACCUGUGCGCUCCCGUCCUCUGCCCGGACCCCGAGUCAGCGAUGAGCUUCCUGAGUCGGCAGCAGCCGCCGACCCGCCGCGCCGCGGCCGCCUGCAGCCUGCGGCAGAAGCUCAUCUUCUCGCCGUGCAGCGACUGCGAGGAGGAGGAGGAGGAGGAGGAAGAGGAGGAGGAGGAGGGCAGCGGUCACAGCACGGGAGAGGACUCGGCCUUCCAGGAGCCCGACUCGCCGCUGCCUCCGGCUCAGAGCCCCGCGGAACCCGAGUCGGAGCGCCGUCGCCGCUCGCCGGCUGGGCUGGUUGCAAGUCCCGGGGAGCUCUUGGAGGAGGAGGACAUGUUGCUUCAGGAAGACUGCGCGGGUUCGGAUCCGGCGGCCGGCGGCGGGGCCGAGGGUGACUCGUGGGAAGAGGAAGGCUUCGGUUCCUCGUCACCGGUCAAGUCGCCGACGGCCGCUUACUUUCUGGGCAGCCCGUUCUCGCCGCUGUGCUGUGACGACGCUCCGGGGGACGCGUCGCCGUCCAGCUGCGGGACGCGCCGGGCCGCCGUCGAGGAGCCCAGCUCGCCGCGACCCGACUACCCGGGCACGCCGCCGCACAAGACUUUCCGCAAGCUGCGGCUCUUCGACACGCCGCACACGCCCAAGAGUUUGCUGUCCAAAGCUGGCGGAAUUGAUUCCAGUUCUGUUAAACUCCGGGGUUGUUCUCUAUUCAUGGACACAGAAAAAUCAGGAAAAAGAGAGCUUGACACAAGGCAAACUCCUCACGUGAAUAUUAACCCUUUCACUCCAGAUUCUGUGUUACUUCACUCCUCAGGACAGUGUCGUCGGAGAAAGAGAGCAUAUUGGAAUGAUUCCUGUGAAGACAUGGAAGCCAGUGAUUAUGAGUUUGAAGAUGAAACAAGACCUGCUAAAAGAAUUACGAUUACUGAAAGCAAUAUGAAGUCACGAUAUACAACAGAGUUUCACGAGCUGGAGAAAAUUGGCUCUGGAGAAUUUGGUUCUGUGUUUAAGUGUGUGAAGAGGCUGGAUGGAUGCAUUUAUGCCAUUAAGCGAUCGAAAAAGCCUUUGGCUGGCUCUGUUGACGAGCAGAAUGCCUUGAGAGAAGUAUAUGCCCACGCAGUGCUUGGACAGCAUUCUCAUGUGGUCCGAUAUUUCUCUGCCUGGGCAGAAGAUGAUCAUAUGCUUAUACAGAAUGAAUACUGUAAUGGUGGAAGUUUAGCAGAUGCUAUAAAUGAAAACUAUAGAAUCAUGAGUUAUUUUAAAGAAGUAGAACUGAAGGAUCUUCUUUUGCAAGUUGGUCGCGGCUUGAGAUAUAUUCAUUCAAUGUCAUUGGUUCACAUGGAUAUAAAACCUAGUAAUAUUUUCAUAUCUCGAACCUCAAUCCCGAAUGCUGCCUCUGAAGAAGGAGAUGAAGAUGAUUGGAUAUCCAGAAAAGUUAUGUUUAAAAUAGGUGAUCUUGGUCAUGUAACAAGAAUCUCUAGCCCUCAAGUUGAAGAAGGUGAUAGUCGUUUUCUAGCAAAUGAAGUUUUACAAGAGAAUUACACCCAUCUGCCCAAAGCAGACAUUUUUGCACUUGCCCUCACAGUGGUGUGUGCUGCUGGGGCUGAGCCUCUUCCUAGAAAUGGAGACCAGUGGCACGAGAUCCGGCAGGGCAGAGUACCUCGGAUUCCACAAGUGCUUUCCCAGGAAUUCACAGAGUUGCUGAAAGUGAUGAUUCAUCCGGAUCCAGAGAGAAGGCCGUCGUCGAUGGCACUGGUAAAGCACUCAGUAUUGCUCUCUGCAUCCCGAAAGAGUGCAGAACAGCUGCGGAUAGAAUUAAAUGCCGAGAAGUUCAAAAACUCACUUUUGCAGAAAGAACUCAAGAAAGCCCAGCUAGCAAAAGCUGCAGCUGAGGAACGAGCUCUCUUCACUGACCGGAUGGCCACGAGAUCCUCCACCCAGAGUAAUAGAGCCUCUCGACUUAUUGGAAAGAAAAUGAACCGCUCUGUCAGCCUUACUAUAUACUGAACUCCUCAUUUCCCACCUCCAGAAACUGUGACAAGAGGAAGCUAGGUUGAAAUCACUGCUAGAAUCCACUUUGCAAUUACUUUCUCUAUUGGUAGCGGUAGUUUACUGAAAUACUUUCCAGGACUUGUGUUGGUGAAUUACAGUUGAGAGCUGCAUUUUGGCCAUUGCUGUAUCAUCAGGCUUGUCUAAUCUUACCAGUCUGUGUCCGAUAGGAUGUCAGUCACUGUUGGAUGUUCGCCAGUCUUUGCAGGGUUAACCACUAUGGUGGUGUGCUGCUUACCGUUUGCUGUUGCAUUGUAGUGACCUGUAGAAAGGACUCAAGGGCUUUAUUACAAACUCCCUUCAAAAAGGGAGAUGCUAAGAGACUCAGUACUGCUUAUCCUCCGAUGUACCUGUGUCAGUCUUACAUUUUUUUCUGUUUUUUCCUAAUUGUGAAUUAUACUUGUAUAUCCAACUGGGAGCACUUUGUAGGCAUUGCAUGAACCAUGGGAUGGUAAUUCUGUGGAAGUAUUGCCUUGUGAAUUUGCUGCUAUUUUAGUUUUGUCCUUGCUGUAAAAUUGUAGCAUUAAACAAUCACUGUUGUUAAUAGGCUUUCUUUUGAAACAAUUAUGUGAACUACAUAGCUGCUCUUGAGGAACAGCAGCUGUUUGCCUUUUUUUCUUUGAACUUUGAAGCUAGUGCAUUGAAAAAAUGCACCUCCCCCUUUUGAACCUGUAUUAAUGUAGUGUAAUUACUGGUUUUGUAAUUUUUUCCUAUAAUGUCUUUUCCCUAACUUUUUAAAAAUGUCUUUUUCUGAGUGUACUUGGUUGUAUGGUUAGUCUAUUUUAAAUGUUCUGCCCACUUUCUUUUCACUAUUUGUGUAUAUAAACUGAUGUUGGUAAUACUGUACAUAGCUGUUUGAAAUGCCAGCAUGACUUCUGAGUACUACAAGUUUUCCAAAAAUAUGUUUUAUCAGUGAUUAGGCAUCUGACUAAUAAUACCAACUAAUAGAUGUUGCCAAAAAAAGAGUCUCUUGUUUUCUCAUUAAUUUUGGUCUAAAACAUGUUUACACUUGUCUUUGACUUGUGUUUCAUUAACAUUGCUUGACAUAUUAAAAGUCACUCUGAGCUUCCCUUAAUUGUCUAAA